AUGUCAAAGGAAGUGGAGGAACCUUAUCACAACUACUCGAUGGAGGGCUUCCCUCCCGCGCCUCCGGGGUUCGGAGACCUGGCACAGAGACUGAUGAGCAGGUGCUCCAGCAUGGGAUAUCCACUGCCAAGGACCAACCAAACGAGUUCUGCCGAAGAGGCAGGGGACACCGUGGCUCCAAGUCCGUUCCUCAUGUUCCUCUCCCUCCUCUCCUCCAUGCCUGACCCUCCCCUCGUUCAGCCGAACGACAACACGGCCCUGGACUGGGACAUGAUCCUCACCGACAGGCUGUUGAACUGCUCCGAUCUGCUGUGCAUGAUCGAGGUCACCAAGAACAUCACGGACGGCUCUCUGUGCUUCCUCAGGGCCUUCCUGGCCCCCCUGACCUGGGACAUCCUGGUGACGAACGGGACCAACCUCACCCAAUCGGUUUACGCCCUGUUCCUCUGGGGGGCGGAGCCACUCCUUAAGGACGCCCCGCCCCCUCUCCUGGUCCUGCCCCUACAGCUGCCCACCUGGCAGCUGAAUGACAUGAUGGAGCUGCUCAGUAAGGUGUUUGACUCCCUGUCUGAGGAUCAACGACAGCAGGUUCUGCAGUGGGUCAAACCGCAAGUCGCCCAGAAUCCCCAGGACUGCACUCAGGAAUCCUGCCCCCCAAGGAAGGGCUGGCUGAGGGCUGACAUGAUGAAGACCAUGGGCCGCUUCCUUUUCCUCCUGCCCUCCUCCGAAUUGAAAACUGUUCAGAAAGAGGAGUUGUGCUCCUUCUUCUGGGCCCCCAGGUUCCCCUGCUCCUUCUGCAGGGCGGGGCGUGCCCCGCUCCCCCUGGGGAGAAUGUUCCUCCGAAAGGUGACGGACCACUGCCUCUCCGACAACUAUGAUUUCCUGGGCAAACUGGGCCCCCUGGCGUGUUUCUAUCGUGACACUUCCUCCCUGAACACAUCGGUCAGUAAGACCCUUCUUGGCCAGCUCAGAGAGUGCAGGAACUCUGGAGGAAUCAAGCUGAGGAAGAGGCUGGUGAUGAAGCUCAUUUUGGAGGAGGGCGACUCCCCGUCCACCCUGCUUUGGCUCCUGGGUCUGGGGCCCUCGGCGGUUUCGGCCCUCCCCCUGCCCCGCCUGGCCCUGCUCCCCAGGCAGGCUCUCCGUGACGCCCUGCCCUCCCUGCGGCAAGGGGAGUGGACCAGGGCGCAGGCUCGAAUCCUGGCCCGGUCCCUGCUGCAGGGGAAAGAGUCAGUCUCCGGUGAGGAGCUGCUGUUCCUGGGUUCGAUAGCGCGAGGGGUGAGGAUCUGGAUGCUGCGUAGGUUCAAGCCCAAGGGCAUUCUGGGUAAUCACAGGCUGAUCGCCCUGACCAAGAAGUUCUCUGCUCUACAGAAGGCAGCUCUACUGGAGGGGUUGCUUGGUGACAUGAAUGUGUCAGAGCUGGUCGGUGCCCUCCCUGGGCCCCUGCUCUCCAGGCUGUCCCUGUCAGCCCUCAAACGUGCCAGCCUGCGCUCCGUCGACCAGCUCGAGGGGCGGGAGUGGACCCGGGCACAGGCUGUGUUUCUGGUGAAGAAGAUUCUGGGUAAGAGAUUGCGACCCCAGGACAUUAGGAAGCUGGGCUCAGCACUGCAGGGUGUGACCUGUGAGAUGAUUGACAGCACUAACCACACUGAGGUCUUUCCCCUGGUGGAGGCUCUAGAGCAGAGCAAAUCCCGGCUCUCCAGAACACAGAUGCGGUGUGCAGCAAGGAAGCUCUUUGAGAGUUUGGAGAAGAAGAGGGCAUCCUACUUCGCCAACAUCACGGGGCAGGAGCUGCAAGCUAUCCCCACCACAAUGCUGCUCUACCUGCCUACGGAGCGCAUAGCUGGUCUACCCGACUCUGUGUGCUCCUCCUUCCUGGAGAAGAUGUCGCGGGCAGACCUGCCCCUCCUGCCCUUAAACUCAGCGCCCCGCGUCGCCCUGAUCGAGAAAGCGCUGGGCUGCCUGAAGAGGAACCUCUCGUCCCUAACCCCCGAUGACAUCGCCAGCCUGGGGGGGCUGGUCCUGGAGCUGCAGCCGUGGCAGCUGGCCGCGUUGUCCCGCCCGGCUCUCAACGCCACGCUGCUCGCCCUGGCCCAGGGCCGACAGAUGCACCCCCAUCUCCAGGGCCCCAUACGUAAACACCUCCAGGACCUGUACGGGAAGCCCUCUGAUUGGUCCUUGGACACGAUGACAUUACUUGGGCCCCUCCUACUUUGGGUGAAUGACUACUCUACCUUCAGGUCACUUCCAUAUAAGCCUUGGCUUAGGGGAGCGCUGAUGGAUCUCCUGGACUCCCGACCACCUCUCACCAUCCCUCAACCCCCGGAGUUCAACACCGAGCCGGAUCUCUCUGGCCUCCGCUGGAAAAUAUUUUCCCUGGCAAUUACCCCCGGCAACGCAAAAAGCAGCAGGACAAACCAUGACCCCAUCGAGCCCAGAAGCCCCUCCCUGGAGAACGUGGUGGAUGUGGGGGAGGGGAACGUGUUCUGGACCCCGGACCAGCUGGAACAAAUGUCAGCUGAGACCUUCACAGAAGGGGUGUCCGAUCUGGGAGUGGUGCGCAGCUACACCCCCCUGCAGCUGGAGGUCCUGAGGAACAAGACCAUCCAGGUGUGGGGGGAGGCAGGGUCUCUCUCCGAGGACCAGGUGCUCCAGCUGGCCUGCAUCACUCAGGGGUUCUCCCCAGCAGAGCUGCAGGAGAUGGGCAUCACCUCCCUGGACUCGCUGGAGCUCCUCUCCCCCUGUGGCUGGAACCUCGACCAGAGUGAAGUGGUGUUGCAGGGGUUCUUGGGAGGGAAUAAUCUGACCAUCGGAGAGCUGGGUGCGGUGGAGGUGGUCGGCCUUGGCCAGUUCAUCUGUGGAAUGAGCCCUCAGGAGGUGGAAGAGCUCAACAAUGACACCUUCAGGGAGGCGGUGGGGGCGUUGGGGGCAGUCCGCUGUUCUCAGGAAGUGACCGAGAAACUAAAGGACAGGGCAGUGCUCCUUUUUGGGGAAGUGGAGAACUGGGACCAGGCCGAGGUCAACGUCCUGGGGAACAUAAUCGCUGGGCUGCAGGCUUCAGAGCUGCAGAGUCUGGAUCCCUCUGUUUUCUCCUUCAUCAGUCAGACCGCCAUUCCCCUCAUCCUCCCCGAUCGCCUGGCUGCACUCUCGGUCGCCCAGUUGCUGGCUAUGGGUCCUGAUAAUGCUGCCAUGGUGACGCCUGCCCAGCGCAAGGCGUUGGGGAGGCUCCAGCUGGAUGCCCUGGACAAGGCCCUGGGCCUGGAAUACCUCAGAAGCUACAUCUCUGCCACGACCCCUCCUGUGAACCCCCUCUCGCCUAUACCACAUAAAUCAGGAACGGCAAGUCUGAGGAUGAUGGGGAAUGGUAUCUUCUGGCAAAUUCUUCUGCUGUUACUAAUGUAUAUUCAAUAGAUGCACACACAUUUUAGCAGACAUUACGUAUUACACACGUAUCUUUCUACAAGUCUUCAUUAUUACCAGCCUUAGAAAAUAGGAGAUUAUUUCCAAUACGGAAUGUGCAUUUGCAAUGUACUCAGGUGGGUAGUAAUAUGUUGUAGGGAAAGAUGAGGACAUUGUUGAUCCCAUGACAAACAGAGAGGUUUGUUCGACAUGAAGAGGUGGAGAGCACGACAACAGCGCUCCAGCUGGACAAGAGAAAGUACAACAUUGUGUGAUUUUUACAGAAGCAGAAAAAUCAGGCGCAGCCAGCCAUAGGUAAUUGCCUGCUCGUGUAAUUGUCGGAUUCCUUAAUAUCCAAUGAAUGAAUAAAUAAAUUUGUAUGUCCCAGCAGUGCUCC